AUGACAUCAAUACUUUUGAGGAUCGAUGAAAAUCAACAGAAUAACGAUGUAAUUGCUAGUUCUAGUUAUUUGUGUAUAGAAAAUGCAAGUGUUAGUAGCGAUGAGGUUAGCAGUAAUGAAAUUAGUGAUGAUGAAGUGAGUGAAGUUAGUGAUGAAGUGAGUAAAGUUAGUGAUGAAGCUAGUGAGAAUACAAAUUAUAAAAAGCCCAAGGAUUCUGAAAGAAAAUCUACAAAUGAAUCUUUCCUAAGGUGUGCUAUCUGUGUGGUGACCGAAAUGCAGCAAAAACAUCAAAGACUGAAUGACCAUUAUGUGUUGAGUGUAAAGGAAAUGCUUUGUCGAAAAAGCGCUUUAU